AUGCCUCAGAAGGAAUUUUGCCCGAAAGGGUAUCAAGAAACCUCGAUAGAGGGCACUACUCCAUCAGCAGUGCACCUUCGAUCGAAGAGUACGACGGAGCAAGCCUUUGACUUCUCAUUCGAGACAAUCCGUGAAAACUUGUUCCGGGUCACCUUCACCUCCCCAGACCAUCCUCUCCCUCCGUAUCCGAACGUGAAAAAGCCAGCAACGACUGUCGACAAUGCUCGAGUGUCCACAUCGACGGGAGGCUCUCAUAAAACAAUUGAGGUUGGCGACCUGAAGGCCUCGGUCGACUGGGAAAACACCCCAGUAGUCUCGUUGGCAUGGAAGGACCAAAACAAGCCAUUGUAUCGAGAUCUACCGUUACGCUCCUAUGUGGCGGAUGCAGCGGGCAUCGCGAACUAUACCGAACAUGACCGUGAUGCGCUCCAUGUUGGUUUGGGCGAGAAAAGAGCUCCGAUGGAUCUCAGCGGUCGGCAUUUCCUUCUCUCUGCCACAGACAGCUUCGGAUAUGAUGUCUAUAACACCGACCCGCUGUACAAGCACAUCCCGUUGCUGAUCAAGGCUACUGCGCAAGGAUGCGUGGCUAUCUUCUCGACAACCCAUGGCAGAGGGUCUUGGUCUGUUGGAUCCGAAGUGGAUGGUCUCUGGGGUCACUUCAAAGUCUAUCGUCAAGACUACGGUGGUCUUGAGCAGUACCUAAUUGUCGGAAAGACUCUCAAGGAAGUGGUUAGGUCAUAUGCGGAGUUAGUUGGCUUCCCACUUCUCGUUCCACGUUGGGCAUAUGGGUAUAUCUCAGGCGGAUACAAAUACACCAUGGUGGAUGAGCCCCCUGCGAAUCAGGUGCUCAUGGAAUUCGCCGACAAGCUGAAAGAGCACGAUAUUCCGUGCUCCGCCCACCAGAUGAGCUCGGGCUAUUCGAUUGCAGAGACGGAACCGAAGGUCCGGAAUGUCUUUACUUGGAAUAAACACCGAUUUCCCAAGCCAGAAGAAUGGAUCGCGAAGUAUCAUUCGCGGGGAAUCCGUCUUCUGACGAACAUCAAGCCUUUCCUUCUCGCCUCGCACCCUGACUUCAAGAAGCUUGUCGAUGCAGGCGGAUUCUUCAAGAAUCCGGCCACCAAGGAGCCGGGUUAUAUGCGAUUGUGGAGCGCCGGGGGUGCAACGGGGGGCGAUGGUUGCCACAUCGACUUCACCUCCGCCGCCGCUUUCAAAUGGUGGUAUGACGGCGUUCAAAGCCUCAAGCGCGUUGGUAUCGAUGCCAUGUGGAAUGAUAACAACGAAUACACCAUCCCCAGUGAUGACUGGAAAGUUGCUCUUGAUGAGCCAACAGUGGCUGAAGCCGUGCAGAAACAGAGCAAAGACGAUAGUGUUGGGCUCUGGGGUCGUGCGAUACACACCGAGCUCAUGGGUAAAGCCUCUCACGAUGCACUGCUGCAUCUGGAACCCAAAAACCGACCAUUCAUCUUGACCCGAAGUGCCACUCCGGGAACUAUGCGAUAUGCAGCCAGCACCUGGAGUGGUGACAAUGUUACCAGCUGGGAGGGCAUGAAGGGGUCUAACUCUUUAUCUCUAAACACAGGAAUCUCUCUCUUGCAGUGUGCUGGUCACGACAUCGGAGGAUUUGAAGGGCCUCAGCCGUCCCCGGAGCUCCUCCUCAGGUGGGUUCAACUGGGCAUUUACUCGCCACGCUUCGCCAUCAAUUGUUUCAAGACCUCGCCCGGAAACAGCUCCGUCGGAGAUGUUAUCGAGCCAUGGAUGUAUCCCGAGAUCACGCCUCUGGUUCGAGAUACGAUCAAGCGCAGAUAUGAGAUCCUGCCAUACAUCUACUCGCUCGGCCUAGAAAGCCAUCUCACAGCAUCCCCGCCUCAGCGCUGGGUUGGUUGGGGCUUCGAAACAGAUCCCGAAGUUUGGACAAAGCCCCUCAAAUCCGGUGAGGAGCAGUACUGGUUCGGAGACACCAUUCUAGUCGGAGGCGUAUACGAGCCCGGUGUCAGCGUCGGAAAGGUGUAUCUGCCCCGAAAGUCCAAUGUCCAGUUCGAUUAUGGAUACGUGAACAUGAACGCGCCAUACACCUAUUUCGCUUCAGGCCAAUGGGUCGAGGUACCCUCCGAGUGGAAAACCAGUAUUCCGCUGCUUGCCAAAAUUGGCGGUGCAAUUCCCGUCGGCAAGUCAGUUCAAACGAGAGUGCCAGGCGACGAAACUGCAGCUUCGGUGGCAGUGGAUGAGCUUGACGACUACAGAGGAGUGGAAAUCUUCCCGCCUCGGGGCAGCUCCCAUGGCAAUGCCUUCUCGACUACCUGGUUCGAAGAUGAUGGGAUUUCAGUCAAUCCUACCAUCUCGCGGUACACGCUCAGCUAUAGCUCAACAGAAGACAGGGUCAUCGUCGGGUUCUCUCGUGAUGAACGCCGUGGAUUUGUCCCUGCCUGGACAGACUUGGAUAUUAUCUUGCACAACGGUGAUGAGCGACGCGUUGUUUCUGACUCUGGCAAGACGGUGGAAUACAAAGGCGCAGACAAACGGGGCCGCAACGUGUACACUGUCAAAAUCUGA